AUGGCUAACGACACUGCAGUGAUCACUGCGGCGCACACCGCCGGCCUCGACGUCGUCUGGCCACGCGGCAGCCGCCUUGGCGAACGGCUCGACCUCAUGGGACAGGCCGACGUUAUCUUCCUGCCGCAUGGCGCCGACGGCGCCAACCUUGUAUUCAUGCAGCCGUGCACACUCCUCGUUCAGUUGUGCCCGUGUGGCUACAGAGACAAGGACAGUUGCGAAGCACACUAUUUUGGAAACUUGGCAAGGGCCCUUGGUGGCGGGUAUGUAGCAGCCCACCUGCAGCACGACGAGAAUCCUACCUCACGACGUCAAUGCGUCGCGGCGAGGAAGAAGUGGAAUACGGCGACCAUGUUUGCGAGUGAACCAUUCUUGAUCGCCUUGCUGGCGCACGCAAUCAAUGAGUACCAACGCCUUUUCACCAAUUGUACGCGUUCCCUGCACACCGUGCCCGGGCGGACGCUCCGCCGCCAAGAGCAGCGCUAA